GAGGGAUCAGAGGGCCCCAUACCGCUCUCAUUGUCACUACAGCUCUCUUCACACACAAGGGUAUUAGUGCCGCUCAGCAGCCUAAACCUCCAGAAGCCGCUGCCGUGCCCCCCCUUGUGCCCUCUUUGCAGACAAAAAGCUGGAAUAACUGCCCCACCCCAGCAGGUCUGAGUAGACACUCAGCACUCGUCUGUUUCAUCCACCAGUGAAGAGCUCUUCAAAUCAGGUGUCCCGUCCCCUCCCCGGUGUCCCAGCAGGCAGGCAUGGCAGACGGUCGGCAGCCAGACGAGCACUGGGCCUCCAACGGCCAAGAGAAUGGCGAGAAUGGCUACUCUGCCUACAGCUCUGGCUACAGAGAGAAUGGAUACCAUGGUGGAGCAGCUGCACAUCCUGGAACGACAGUGGAUGACUCAGCCAAUUUGCCUCCCUCCCCUCCCCCCUCUCCAUCCGCUGAGCAGAUUGGGCCUGUGGCACAAGCCCAGCCGGAAGAGUGUAUCAGUAAGGCACCUUGCGAAUCGGCUGUGAAAGAAGAUGAACCUCAAGUGCCAUCGCUACAUGGAAAGCAGGUGGUUGUUGAAAGAGCAACACCUGAAGGAGCAGAACUGGCCUCGACUGAACCUCCUUCUCCCUCUGUGAAAGAUAAAGAGCUCUCUGACACCUCCUCGAUUGAGCAGGAUAACCAGGACAGAAAGGAUGUAGUAGAAGAGGCUGCUGACAGCCACCUCCUUGUGGAGUCUCAAGUAAAAGAGGUGAAAGAGUCUUCAGUGGCAGAAGAGUCCUCAAAAGUUACAACAGAAACAGAGGGAAUUGUCUCACUAAGUAAAUCUGGAGCCCCUGUGAAUGAAACCAAGGAAAAAACACAGACAGUUGAGGAGAUAAAUAAGGAAGACCAAGAUAGUGUCAGUGACAUUAGAUUGCAUGGGACACCAGUGACUGAUACUCAAAAAGGUGACCAAAGACAACAAACAGUCAAAUCAAGUCCAGAAUCUGGUACAGAGCAGAAAACCACAUCAGAAAUUUGUGUAGAACAUGAACCAGGAGCAACAACCUACUUUGAGACAUCCUCCAAAAGCCACGAAGAGGAGUCACCACAAACUCAGAGCUAUUAUGAACUCAGCACAGCAGUGGAGACAAAGUUAAGUGGGGAAAGUGAAAGCAAGCUAGAGGAAGACCAGGAGAAAAAAGUCAAGACAUCUCCUGGUAAGAUUUCAUUAGAACAGAGAAACCUCUCCUUGAACAUUACUGUUGGAUCCUCAGCAGGGCAGACAGUGAAAGAAGAGAAGUCAAGGACCAUCUCAGAAAGCUUGUGUCCAAUUAGUGGAAGUUUUGAUGAAUCUGAAGUUCACCCUUCAACACCAUCUGUGGAGAGUCAUAAACCCAAGUUUCCUCCAGCUGUCUCCAUUACUCCAACUUCCACUGAAUCACCCGAGGACAUUCCUGCCACAGCAGAAGCUCCUCUGUCUUCUGACAAGCAAAAUUCAAGUUUUGAGCAAAGAAGCAGCCUCUCUGAAAUGUUGGACCUGGCUGGAGCCCUGCCUCAGCCAUCAUUAGAGAGAAGAGAGGUUGACCACAUGAGACGAAAGUCUGUGCCUGCUGAUGUAUCAGCUCUGGUGGGCAGUUCUUUGGCCAAGCUUGCCUUGGGAGAUCAGACCUCAAGAGUGGUGGGUAGGGAAAGCCAGCUGGAGGAACUGGGUUACUGUGUCUUCAAUGAAUACCUAGGGCCCAUGCCUUCCCCUGCUGAUGUACCCAGUCCUGGGGAUUCUCCACAUCAGCGUUUCCCGUCUGUGGAGGGUGAAUUGGAGGAAGAGCUUGGGGCCAUAGAAGGUGAAAGUGUUAACAAGGGAAUCCAGCAACCAGAUCACAAAGGAACUGUACCAGAGAUAUCUCAAAAAACAGUAACUGAGAAGAAAGAUGCACCAGUAAAGACUCCACUGAUACUUGAAAAAGCUGUGACAAGUGGAGUAAAACCUGAUCGCUUGAGAAUCCCAAUAAAUUCUUCAAAAGACAGAUUGACAGAGUUUCGUUUGGAGAGUGGCCUGCCUGGUGACAUAAAGAUCCAAGCAAUCCCUGAGGUAGACAUUGAAAAAGACCCCUCCAGAGAGGCCUCUCCCAUCCCACCUGACAAUUCUUUUACUUUCACUCCUGUGGAAACUGGAAGCAAGGUUCCCCCCACUCCCACCACCCCCAAGUCUCCAGAUGAUACAACUUCAGAAAGCCAAGACACUGGAGAGAAAGCAGGGACAGAUGUCUUACCAGAGGUCAAAGCAGAGGACGAUCUGAAGUCUGAGAGGAUUGAUAAUAAACAGACAGAGUUAGACAAAGAAAUGCCAACACCUGGACAGAAAGAAACAGAAAAAAGAAAUGAAGAACCAGAAAUAGCAAACACAGAUAUACCUUCAGCAUCACCUCAGCCUUUAGUAGAGUGUACAGAGAAAGAUGACAAGAAGAUGCAAAGUGAGCAUGAGACACCUGCAAGAUUAGGAGGAACAGAGAAGCAGGAGACCUCAAAAGCUGUUCAGGAUGUAAUCACUGAAAAGCCUAGAGAUGAGAAAGACGUCCAAAUCCAGAUACAGGAGGUGACUCCGGAGAAGGGAUCACCAAAGCCGCUAUCCUCCCCAAUUAUCAUUAUACCUCAAGCACAAGUUGAGGAAGAAGCUGAGGAUGACGACGAUAUUGAGAUUGCUGAAGAGCCUCAAGAGAUAAUGGAGGAGGCUGAAGAGCCUGUUCUCUCCAAGACAGAUCAAGCUGAAGUUGGAAAGGAGGGGCAAAAGAAAGAGGAGGUGAGGCUGAUGGUCGGUGAUCAGCUGUUGGAAGACGAUCCCAGGUCUGGAGCAGAAGAAUGGAGUCAUAGUGCCCAAAACAGUGACGACGGGGAGCCUGCAACAGACAGUUCACACUUGUCUCCAUGCUCUGACCACGACCUACCACAGCCAACAGAGGAUGGAAGAGAUGAAGGGACGGGGCAGGAUAAAGUAGCAGAAGACCCGCAAACAAAUAGAGAAGAAGGAAAGAAACAGGAGGAUGAGGGAGUGAAGAAAGACCAAACAGUAGAGGGGGGAGUGGAGGAAGUAGGUUUUGAUGAGGUACAUGAAGAAAAAGAGGAGAAAGUGAUGAAAGUAGAGGAUGAAGGGGAGAAGAGGGAGGGUGAGAAGGAGCAGCAGGAGGAGGAGAAAGACACUGAGCUUGGUCAGGAGUUGGAGGAGACGUCUGAUGUGCUUUGCCAGAGCAGUGAGGCAGCUAACAAUGAAACCACCAUGGACAUCUCCAUCCUAGAUACAGACAGUGGCUGGAUGGACUCACAAGAUGAUGACAAAAGUAUUAUGACUGAGCAAAUCGAAGCCCUUCCUCACACCCAGAGUUCUACCAGUACACCUGUGGUGGUGGACAGACCCGCUAAACGGGCCCCUGGCAGAGGAAAGGGCCACCCUGGCACUGCUGAGAGCAAAGUGUUUCGCAAAGUACCCAGCCACCAUCCAAGAGAGGAGAUGAAGAAGAAAAAAGUAGGCAUGAGGAGGGCUGACCAGAAUAAGGUGUCAGCCCUCCAAAGUCGUUCUCCAUCUCGAAAGAGUGUAGCCAAAGUGGCAACCAGACAUCCUAGGCCUGCUCUGCUUCACGGCUCUGCUAGACGCAAGGCCACAGGCAUGGAAAGCCAUCAGCCCCUCAGUGUGGCCCACCAGUCCAGGGAGAGGACCACUGAAAGAGCAUACCGCAGCCCAGAGAAGAGGUCAUCCCUCCCCAGGCCAGCCAAAUCUCUGACUCGCCACAUCCCUGCUGCUGAGCAAGAGGACAGCACCCCCUCCAGGCCAACCUCGAUCCGUACCAAGUCCAGAGCGGACACCAGGUCUGGAAGAGCCCCUAGUAUGGCAGGCACAGACUCAGCACGUUCUCGAUCAGUCCGUAGUGGUGCCUCCACCCCGGGCUCCUCCGCCGUCACACCCGGCACACCCCCGAGCUACGCCUGCCGCACACCAGGCUCGCGCACCCCUGGCAGCCACACGCCCAAGUCCUUCAGCGCCUUCCAGGAGAAGAAGGUGGCGGUGAUCCGAACCCCGCCCAAGUCGCCAUCCUCUACCCAGCGUCAGCUGAAGGUUCUCAAUCAGCCCCUGCCUGACCUGAAGAAUGUAAAGUCCAAGAUUGGAUCCACCGCCAACAUCAAACAUCAGCCGAAAGGCGGACAGGUCAUGAUUCCAAGUGUUAAACUGGACUUUAGCCACAUUCAGUCUAAAUGUGGCUCCUUGGACAAAAUCCAGCACACAGCAGGCGGGGGAAACAUCCAAAUCCAGACCAAGAAGAUCGAUUUGAGCCACAUCACCUCCAAAUGUGGCUCUAUGUCCAACAUUCGCCAUAAGCCAGGGGGAGGCCACGUGCGUAUUGAGAAUGUGAAGCUGGACUUUAAAGAAAAGGCCCAUGCCAAGGUCGGCUCCCUGGACAACACCAGCCACACUCCUGGAGGCGGGAAUGUUGUGAUUGAGAGCCACAAGCUGACCUUCCGGGAAACAGCCAAAGCUCGAGUGGACCACGGCGCAGAAAUCAUCGUCACCCACUCCCCUGGUGGCGAGACCGGAGGCACUUCCCCUCGCCUGUCCUCUGCUGGCAGCAUCAACCUCCUGGAGUCACCACAGCUCUCCACACUGGCCCAGGAUGUCACCGCUGCCCUGGCCAAGCAGGGCUUAUGAGCAGGCUGCCUCCGCCUCGGAUACCCUCAAAAAAAUCCACACCAUUACUCCUCCUCCCAUCAGUCUCAUUCACUGAUAAGCAUCCAGUGAUCUCCCAAGGUCCCUCACUGCAACAUGACACCCCACACACUUGACCCCACAGGUUCUACUGUUGUAGUUGAUUGACUGUCUCGUCCAUCAACAACCCUUUCACCCCUUCCAGUGGGAUUUUAAAAACUGAAUUCUAAGAUUAUCCUUUCAUUCACUCCCUUAAAAAGGACACGCCCAGUCACUCAUAAUUCGUUUUUCAUUCACUUUUGUUCACUCAAAUAUGGACUUUUCUGUUUUGUUUUAGAUAGGCUGAAUGCUAAGAUUCGACUGGAUGUGUUUGCCUAAGAAAGCGUUGAUGGUUUUAUGAUUGUACAGUGAUAUUUUUAGCGUGAAAAGCAUCACCACAUUCCACAUGUAUGGGGGAUAAACUUUAAGGUGAACUCAUGCAUAACGUCCAUUCAGAAUUUAUAUGGUACUGAAUGCAAGAUAUAGCUCCUAGAUACUAGACGCUAAUCUUAAAGAUACAUCUGUGUGUGAGAGACAUAACUUGCCGAAGCAAGGCGUGUAACUGUAUCUGCAAAAGAAUGGUUGAUGAGCAUGUCUGCUAAAAUGUGACAUUUUAAGUCAAACGACAUGAAAUUUCGUUUGUUCGUUGGUUGGAUUUUAAUCUUAUGAGUUCCUGAUAUGUACUGAAUUGUUGGACAAAUUGUGUUCUCUUGUUAUGUUUUCUUUUUAUAUAUGUCACUGUAGUGGAAGUUGUUACAGUUUUGUAUGUUCCCUGUGGCUGCACUGGCUUAUUAGCACUUCAAUGUGGAUAGCCAUUGCAGUUAUGUCGAGUCAAGUGCUAAAAGGCUAGCUUUCCAAUAGAUUUUUUCUUUUUUCUUUUCUGCAAACCAAUGGGCUGCUCUUUUUGUUUGGUUUUACAUUAGCUCUGUGGUUUUAUUAGGCUACAUCAAUGCUGUUAUGCUGGCAUGGCAAAUAAAUUAUAAAUAAAUUAGAUCUAUCUGGAGCAACUUUUCAGUGUGAGUGUAAAUGGCCAGGGUGCAUUCUAGUGUCUAUACUUCAAGGUCAGAUCCCUAAAAAGGCCUCUCAUGCUCCUGUCUGACUUUUCUCCUUUUGCAGAGACUGGGUCGUAUGAUGUAUUUGAAUGGACAAAGGGCUCAAAGUUUGUUUAAAAAAGUGGAAAGUAAGAAGCUUUAUAUGAAAACAUUCCAUUUGAAAGAGCAGCUACCUGGCCCUUUUGUGCGAUUGAACCGGUAACUUUACAGGAAAUGAAAGCAGAAAUGACAAAGACCCUCAACUUGCAGCUGUUAGAAUUCAUUUAAAAAAAAGAGUAAAAAAACAAAACAAAACAGUUCUAGCUCUAUUCUCUGCUCACCAUUGUGAAAUUCUUCUGCCCCCUCCUCUCCUCCUCCUCCCUCAAUGUCAGCUACCCCUCCAGUGUUUUUCUGUGUUUCCUAUAUUCUUGCCUCCCUGCUCCCCAGCCCCCCUUUGCCUGCGUAAGUGUAUUUAAAAGACCAUGUAGAUGUGUGCACACUUUCCAAUGUUUGAGAUGUACUGAUGACAAAUGCUCCUACAGGAUGAUGACAACAGAAAUAAAGAAAAUAAAAACUG